CCCCAGCAGGGAGUAGUUGCUGCUUGUGUCCCCUAGUAGAGAACUACUUUCAUAUAGGGACUCUAGUGUGUCCAAGUUCACUCUCUGGGGCUGAUCUUCCUUUUCAUUCGUAUCAGAGAGGAGGAAUCUAAAUUUUGUUCUCUCUGUUGCGCUUUGCCUCGAAUAAAGUGUUUAAAUUUAUAAAAAGUUGUGUGCAUGGCCAUCGAAAUAUCUACACUUAAAAAAUGGAAUUAGAGGAUGUAUUUUAUAAUAAACAGGAAUACAUUGAAACUGCAUCUGGUAAUAAAGUCAGCAGACAGUCUGUUCUUUGUGGUAGCCAGAAUAUUGUUCUGAAUGGAAAAACAAUCAUUCAGUCGGAAUGUGUAAUUCGUGGAGAUUUGGCAAAUGUACGCAUAGGAAGGCAUUGUGUAAUAGGCAAAAGAGCUGUGAUAAGACCCCCCUUUAAAAAAUUCAGCAAAGGAGUUGCCUUCUUUCCUCUACACAUUGGAGAUCAUGUUUUCAUAGAUGAAGAUACAGUUGUAAAUGCUGCCCACGUAGGUUCCUACGUCAGCAUUGGAAAAAAUUGCGUUAUUGGUCGCAGAUGUGUAUUAAAAGACUGUUGUUACAUCGCUGACGAUACGGUACUACCUCCGGAAACAGUCGUCCCGGCAUUUUCUAUGUAUUCUGGCUCACCAGGAUUAUAUACAAAAGAACUGCCUGAAGCAGCACAAGACAUAAUGGUGGAUUAUACAAAAGGAUAUUAUCAACAUUUUAAACCUGUAACUCAAAAUUGACUUCAAUAACAGCUUCAUUGUUUACCUGGAAUAAAAAUCAGCAAUGUCAUAUUUUGCAAAUCUUAUUAAAAUUAAUUUAUCAGCAGUUUUUGGUAAUAAUACAUU